GGAGAAGAAGAAUAGGAACGACGACGAGGACGACGACGAAGAAACGGAGAGAGAGAAGCAGCAGAAGCGAAAGAGCUCAAAUUAGCGCCAACCCUUCUUCUUCUUCUUUUUUUUGUCUUUGCCACCUGUUAUUUCUCAAAAAUUGAUCUCCAGGUCUCCUCAUACUUCUCGUUUCUUCUUCUCCAUGCUUGUUGAUUUUGAGGAAGGAUUUGGGUUUCCCCUUCCGCGACCUUCAUCGUUGUCCUCAGCUCUCCCUUAGGGUUAGGGCUUCUUCAUCCAUCCGGGGCCGUCGUCAAUGGCGGCUCGCCGGAGAUUCGACGCCGGAACCCUAGCCUUGGUGGUCUCCUUCCCGUUGCUCCUCCUCUUGAUCUCGUCUACCUCGGCGGAACUGGGGCCCGGCCCCGCGGUGGAGAGAUCGGCUCUCGUCCAGUUCAAGAGCUCCGUCUCCGACCCCGCCGGGCUCCUCCGCCGGUGGUCCGACGCCCCCGGCGGCGACCACUGCGCGUGGCCCGGCGUCGCCUGCGACUCGAGAUCCAGGGUCGUCGCCCUCAAUAUAUCCGCACAGGGGCUCCCCUCGCCGCCGUUUUCCUGCUCCAGAUCCGGUCCUUUUGGCCGGCGAUGCCCCGAUCCUAGUCGACGGCUCGCCGGAAAGCUCAACGCCGCCAUUGGGGACCUCUCCGAGCUCAGAGUCCUCUUCUUACCAUUCCAUAGCUUCCAUGGAGAGAUCCCCGCUAAGAUCUGGAGGUUGGAGAAGCUGGAGGUGCUCGAUCUCGAGGGUAGCUCGCUGUGGGGGACCCUUCCGUCUCGAUUUCCACGUGGGCUGCGAGUUCUGAACCUUGCAUCGAAUCUGAUCAAAGGUGAGAUCCCGUCCUCCCUCUCGAGCUGUACCGAUUUAGAAACCCUAGACUUUGCCGGAAACCAGCUCAACGGCUCCGUUCCGGGGUUUCUUGGUAGCCUUCCUAAGCUGAAGGAGUUGUACCUCUCCUUCAAUCACUUCGAGAGGCCGAUCCCCGACGAGAUUGGAGCUGGUUGCCACAGUCUCGAGCAUAUGGACAUGUCGGGAAAUCAAUUGGUCGGUAGCAUUCCUUCUAAUUUGGGGAAUUGUAGUGAGCUCCGUUCUCUCCUGCUGUUUUCGAAUCUUUUGGAUGGCUUCAUUCCCUCUGACCUCGGACGGUUGAGAAAGCUUCAAGUUUUAGAUGUUUCGAGAAAUAGCUUGAGUGGCCCUGUACCUUCGGAGCUUGGAGACUGCGUAGAUUUGUCUGUUGUCGUUCUCGUGAAUGAGUUUGAUCCUAUUUCUGGCAAAGAACCUUCAGGCUAUGUCAAUGGUGAUGAAUUCAAUGCUUUUCAAGGGGGGAUUUCAGAGAAUAUCACAGCUCUGCCGAAGCUUAGGGUUCUUUGGGCCCCAAGGGCAACAUUGGAAGGAGAGAUCCCUAGCAACUGGGGUACUUGUGAGAGCUUGGAAAUUGUUAAUUUUGGCAACAAUCUUUUUACUGGAGAAAUUCCAAGAGGGUUUUCACGGUGCAAGAACCUUAAAUUUCUAAAUCUCAGCUCUAAUAAGUUGUCUGGUCAGCUCACUGCAGAGCUUGCUGUGCCUUGUAUGAAUGUGUUUGAUGUCAGUGGGAAUCAGUUAUUUGGUUCCAUUCCUAGGUUUAGUUACAAGCAGUGCUAUUCAUCUCUGCUCCCCUCUGAUCGCUUCUCAUUGGCUUAUUCUUCAUUCUUUGCAUACAGGACUAUUACAGCGCUACCCUUAACUUCUUUUGAUUCUGGAGAUGAUUUUGUCGUGUACCAUAAUUUUGGAAAGAAUAAGUUUACAGGUUUGUUGUCAUCUUUACCGGUUGCUAUUGACAGAUAUGGGAACCAGACCGUUUAUGCAUUUUUAGUCGAUGGAAAUAAUCUUAUGGGUUCCUUAGAUGCUAUUCUCUCAGAAAAAUGCAGCAAAUUGAAGAAGUUGAUUGCUAACUUCAGUAGCAAUAAGAUAUCCGGUGAAAUUAUGGCGGAAAUUGGUGUUAAUUGCAGAUCCCUCAGAGUUCUGGAUAUAGCUGGCAAUCAAAUUUCGGGAUUGAUUCCUUCGAGUGUUGGUUUGUUGGACAGUCUUGUUAUUCUGGAUUUUAGUAGGAACCAUCUUCGCGAUCACAUACCUGAGAGUUUUAACCAGUUAAAGAGUUUAAAGUUUCUCUCGUUGGCCAGAAAUAAUCUUACUGGUCCCAUUCCUUCUGGAUUUGACCGGUUGAGGUCACUAGAGGUUUUAGAUCUUUCAUCAAAUUCUCUCUCAGGUGAGAUUCCCAGCGAUCUUGUUAAAUUAAGAAGCCUCGCUGUCCUCCUACUUAACAACAAUAUGCUCUCUGGAAAGAUUCCUUCCGCUUUUGCUAAUGCAACUUCACUUUCUGUGUUUAAUGUGUCCUUCAAUAACUUAUCUGGGUCGUUGCCAUUGAAUUCCGGCACGAUGACAUGUGAUAGUGUUCUUGGAAAUCCUUUUCUCCAGUCUUGUCAGGCCUUUUCUCUUACUAUUCCACCAACAGACCUGCAAGGUCGUACUGCAAAUUCACAAGGAUACACUGAUUCACCACCACCCGAAAAUUCACCUAGCAACAGCAGCGGCGGUGGUUUUAGUUCUAUUGAAAUUGCCUCCAUUACUUCGGCAUCAGCCAUUGUCUCAGUCCUCUUAGCACUUAUUUGUCUCUACAUUUACACAAAAAAAUGUGCGCCAAGGUCUUCAAAUCGUCCUUCAGGAAGGAGGGAAGUCAUAGUCUUUCAUGAUAUAGGGGUCCCACUGACUUACGAGAGUGUUGUUCAUGCCACAGGCAAUUUUAAUGCGAGUAAUUGCAUCGGAAGUGGGGGCUUUGGAGCAACAUACAAGGCUGAGAUUUCGCCAGGUGUCCUAGUCGCUAUCAAGAGACUUGCUGUUGGAAGAUUCCAAGGUGUUCAGCAGUUCCAUGCUGAGAUCAAGACUCUUGGAAGGUGGCGGCAUCCCAAUCUAGUGACCCUAAUAGGAUAUCAUGUGAGUGAUUCGGAGAUGUUUCUCAUAUACAAUUAUCUUUCCGGGGGUAAUUUGGAAAGGUUUAUACAAGAAAGGUCGAAGAGGCCUGUUGAUUGGAGGAUGCUUCAUAAAAUAGCAUUAGACAUUGCAUGCGCACUCGCCUAUUUGCACGACCAAUGCGUACCCCGCAUUCUUCAUCGUGACGUUAAGCCAAGUAAUAUUUUGUUGGACAAUGAAUGCAACGCUUUUCUCUCUGAUUUUGGAUUAGCAAGACUUCUUGGAAAUUCUGAAACUCAUGCAACCACUGGUGUUGCUGGGACUUUUGGGUAUGUAGCCCCAGAAUAUGCAAUGACAUGCCGUGUUUCUGAUAAAGCAGAUGUAUAUAGCUAUGGUGUGGUAUUAUUAGAAUUGCUUUCAGACAAGAAAGCCUUGGAUCCCUCUUUCUCUCCAUAUGGAAAUGGUUUUAAUAUUGUAACUUGGGCCUGUAUGCUGCUGCAGAAAGGCCGGGCUCGUGAGUUCUUCACAGAGGGGCUGUGGGAUGUGGCCCCACAUGAUGACUUGGUAGAGACCUUACAUUUGGGGGUCAAGUGUACUGUUGAUUCGCUUGCUAUUAGGCCCACAAUGAAGCAGGUUGUCCGGCGGCUAAAGGAACUUCAACCUCCACCUUAUUAGAACCAGCAAUGUGAGCAUUCCUUGAACAUUUCUUAAUUCAAGAAGGUAAGCUACAGAAUCUUCUUGACAAUGUUAAAACAAUCGACAUGAAAUACCGUCUCUAGAAAGGGUGGCAGGAAUAUCUGCUGAAGAUAGAGCGCAAGCUUUCCCUUUUUUAUUGGAGGAUUUCUCUUUUCAUUGAGAAAGGAACAGAGAUCUCUACAGCUGGCAAUCUCCAAUUUUUCACUGAUGCGCUGCCCAUAUUCCUUGCUAGAUUUGGGGUUUGAAACUUGCUCGAUUAGUUUUAAUUACAAAGUAAGCAUCUGCGGCUUGAGAAAGCAGGGAAAGUUUAUCCAAGGAAAUUGGGAGCUGCCAUGGACAAUAGCUGGUCUUAGAUCACCAUGGAGUGCAUGGAACGGGCAGAAGAUUAGCACUGGGAGUCAAGAGAUUUAUGUGUUGGAGGUGCUGUUUUUGUUGACAAAUUGAUGGUGUGAUGGGACGAGCAGAAGAUUGCUCUAAGGAAUAUAUGGAUUUCUAUCCUCUUCCUUGGCGAACGUGGAAUAUUUAAGGGUAAAAUUCAUCAACCAUUUACUGGCGGUUGAUCUGUGUUGCUGCUAUGGAGUCGGAAACUCUGAAUAAUAACAAAUCUCAGCAAAAUAACCCAAUGUCGACCCACAUCUCUUCAUAACAGCCAUUUCACGGUUAGAGAUGGACAUUUGUUGCACGCAAUUCGUGCUGUGGCUGUUACCUGAUACCAUCAGCUGUUCAUCCAGUUUGAAUCACCUAGAGAAAAAAAGAUAAAAAUGUAUUUUGUCAAUUCCCUAUUCCCAUGUGUUGAAAUGUAAGAUUUAGACCCUCUUGUUCCUGAGCGGCUCAUGCCAACUCUGCUUGCCGUGUUGUCGUGCACAAUCAAGAAACUUGAGUAUGCAUAAAUACUGGUGGGGCGAGAAUACUACUUGUAGUUGAGGAAAAAUAUUUACUAUCUAUUUUUUUAUCCCUCAGAGGCUUAGGUUUUACUAUUUGGUGGAUGUUUUAGUUUUGAUCUAAGGAUUAGUAAGUUGAUAGUACCACCAAUAGUAGUUUUGCUCAAUUCAAAAUACCAUGCAACCAUGUUCACCA